GAGGCGGUAAUACUGAACUCCACUAAGUCUCAAAAACAGAAGAAGAAGAAGGAACCCGGAAAAUAUUGCAAGAUGGCGGAAUCGGAGAACAGCAACAGUGUUAGACAGCCAUUAAAUGUGGACGCAGAACCUCUUAAAUUAUCAGAGUUGUUAGAUCGUGGUUGGAAAAUAUUCGAGGAGGUCGACAGCACAAACGAGCCUCUUGGCUCAAACAGUAUUCAGGUGAAAGUUAAGCGCGGGGUUCAAAUGUUAGAGGAAGCCUCCCGGAUGGUCGCUCAGCUCGACUUGUUUAGUCGCAACGAAGAGCUCGAGGAGAUCGCCACGGCAGACCUGAAGUACCUGCUGCUGCCCGCUUUGUUAGGCGCUCUGACCAUGAAGCAGACCACCCGGGACAAACGGUUGGAAAUAGUCCAGACGGCCCGCGCUUACUUUAUGGAUUUUUUAAGGAGAUGUGAAGAGUAUAAGGUGUCACCGUUUAAACUGCCAGACUCCACGGGUGAAAAAGCACGGCCUGGGUCAGAAGAUGGAAACACUAAAGCUAAUUCUUUCCCCGGCCCGACCAACCUGGUUGCUAUGGCAGCACAGAGACAAGCUAAAAUUGAGCGGUACCGUCAGAAGAAGGAGCUUGAGGCCAAACUGUCUGAUGUUCGGAGAGCUGUGGAGAGCGGACAAGCUGAUGAUGAAGUCACCAGAGAUUUUUACCUCCUGAAUGUCCGAAGAUGGGUCGCUGUGUGUUUGGAGGACAUAGAGAGCAUUGACCAAGAGGUGGAGAUACUCAAAAAGAUGGAUAUGUUUAAGGAGAAUGCUCCCAAGCAACCCACUCACCCACCCAGGCCCCCCAUGAAACCCUUCAUCCUCACCAAGGAUGCUGUGCAGGCUAAGGUGUUCGGGGCCGGUUAUCCCAGUCUUCCUACCAUGACAGUUGAUGACUGGUAUGAGCAGCACAAGAAACGCGGCGUCCUGCCUGACCAGGGUGUACCCAGGAAGCCCACUGCGGAGGAUCACGGGGAUCCGAGCGAGACGGACGAAGAAGAAAAAGAGAAGAAGGUUGAAAACGAUGACGACGAAUCUCUGCUAAAGGCCAGAAACUGGGAUGACUGGAAAGACACUCACCGCAGAGGUUAUGGGAACCGCCAGAAUAUGGGCUAGCUCAUGUGUUCAACCGGGCUUGUCUCUCACUUCAUUUCUAUACUAAAUGAAGAAAAACACCACCGCAUCAAUAAAUAUGUACAUUCAUUACUUUGGCUGCAGGUUAGUUGGUCUGGAGAUGAACACUACUGCUGAUUAACUCAUGUUACAACCGUUCUGUUGAUUGGAUCACAUUCUCCUAUGUACCGUCGUGGUUUCCAUUUACAAUAAAAAUACACAAUUUGGCUGGAAGCUUGAAA